GGACCCGCCAGUGCCGAGUUCCCGGGAGGCUGCCUGCCCGGAGGGGAGGGGAGGGGAGGGGAGGGGAGGGGGAGGAUGGAGAACUUCCAGAAGGUGGAGAAGAUCGGAGAGGGCACUUAUGGAGUGGUGUAUAAAGCCAGAAACAAACUCACAGGGGAAGUGGUGGCGCUCAAGAAAAUCCGCCUCGAUACGGAGACGGAAGGUGUCCCGAGCACCGCCAUCCGGGAAAUCUCUCUCCUCAAAGAGCUCAGUCACCCCAACAUCGUCAAGUUACUAGACGUGAUCCACACCGAGAACAAACUGUACCUCGUCUUCGAGUUCCUGCACCAGGACCUCAAGAAGUUCAUGGAUGUCUCGUCAGUGGGUGGGAUCCCCCUGCCCCUCGUGAAGAGCUACCUGUACCAGCUGUUGCAGGGCCUGGCUUUCUGUCACUCUCACCGGGUGCUUCACCGUGACCUGAAGCCCCAGAACCUGCUGAUCAACGCGGACGGUGCUAUCAAACUGGCCGACUUCGGGCUGGCCCGAGCCUUUGGCGUUCCUGUCCGGACCUACACCCACGAGGUUGUCACCCUGUGGUAUCGAGCCCCUGAGAUCCUCCUGGGAUGUAAAUACUACUCCACGGCUGUGGACAUCUGGAGCCUGGGCUGUAUCUUCGCAGAAAUGGUAACACAUUCCAAAAUCACCAGGAGGGCCUUGUUCCCUGGAGACUCCGAGAUCGAUCAGCUUUUCCGUAUAUUCCGGACACUGGGAACUCCGGAUGAGGGGGUGUGGCCGGGUGUGAGCGCGAUGCCGGAUUACAAACACACGUUCCCCAGGUGGAGCCGGCAGGAGCUGAGCAAAGUGGUGCCUCCCCUGGGAGAGGGGGGCAGGGACCUGCUGGCGCAAAUGCUCCUGUACGACCCAACGGAGCGCGUCUCAGCGAAGACCGCCAUUUCCCACCUCUUCUUCCAGGACGUCACCACAGCGAUUCCUCAUCUCCGCGUCUGAAGCCAAACCCAAGCCCGGAACCCGUGACCUGCUCUUUGUCAGCCCGAGGGGAACUUGAGGGAAAUGGCACCUCUCUCUACUCUGGCGCAGCCUCGAAUUCCUUUCCCCCCCUUCCCCCCCCACAGUGUAGGGUCAGAAAUCCACAUGUUAGUGGGGAUGGAGCUUAAAGUUUUGUAAAGAAAUAAGUAAUUUGUUUUAAUCAUGAGUAUUUGUUUCCUCGUCAAAUGGAGACAUGUUGUUAGAGAUUUAAUUCCCCUGAGAAUCGUCCUCAUGACGGUGGGGGGGGGGCCUCUCUUUCUCUCUCUCUCUCUCUCUCUCUAUCUAUCUCUGAUUCCAGCCUAAUUCCUGACUUCCAUGAAGUUGGAUGUUGCCGGGAAGAGGGGGGCGGGGGGGAGAGAGAGAGAGAGAGGGAGGGAGUGUGGAGU